UGAUUUAUGAAUGGUUUCAGGUACCUUCAAUGGAAUGAAUUCAGUUAUUGAAAUACAUUCAAGAAAUAAUGCUAUUGGAAUGCCAAUACAAGACAAUGAUAAUGAUAUUCAUAUUAUAUCAACGAAUAUAAAAGAAAUCAUUAAUCUUGGAUCAUCUCAGAAUAAUAGUCGAAUGAGUACUUCAUAUAACUCAAAUGAUUGGUAUCGACAAACUAUACACUUAGAUGGACACCGCGGUUGUUCCAGGAAUAAAUAUCGAAAGAUGGAUUCAGGAAACCGAUUGAAUAAAUGCUAUAAUGCUUAUGAAUAUAGAAGCUUCGUAAACUCAAACUGUUACACGAGUUAUGAUUCAUCUGAAAUCUGUAAUUUUUUCACAUUUUAUUGGACACCCGAUAAUGAUGAUCAAACAUGUUUAACAAUGACAUAUUAUACUAAAUAUGAAUCAAACGUCUACGAUUUUUCUAUCACGAUUGAUGUAAACGAUGAAUAUAAUAAUACGUUGAUAUCUCCAACCGUCUUGGAGAAAUAUAGCGGUAUAACAACAUUGAAAAUUAAGAAUAUUGAUUUCAAGAACAAUCAGGAAUAUACAUUAUCAUUAAAUUUAAACGUGACAGACAGAUUUACAUCUUUUAAUUAUGUUGACAGACAUUUUAAAUUUGGACUCAUACGAAUUGGGCAAUGUUCGAACUAUGGUAUAGUCGAACCUUCUAAUUAUCAAGGUUCAUGUUUAAAUGGUGGAUAUAUUAUUAAGGAAUCGUCAAAAUGCAUUUGUCCACCUGGUUUUAUAGGGCAAUUUUGUGAGACAGGCUGUGGGGUGAAUUCCUAUGGAUCCGACUGUAAAGGAGUAUGCUCUAUACAGUCUGAUAAAAUGUGUCGUGGUAUGAUCAUGUGUACAAGUUAUGGAUGUACAUGCCCAACGGGACUAACUGGUCUAUCGUGUAACGAAGACUGUAUUAUGGGUACAUAUGGAGCUGAUUGUAGCCAAACUUGUUCCGAGUAUUGUCUUAAUAAUAUGUGUGAUCAGUAUACAGGUGUCUGCUUAAAUGGUUGUUCAGUCGGAUAUAUAUUACCAUAUUGCAGAGAAAAAUAUCCAUACUUCAUUAACCCACCUACACUGCGUUUUGCCAAUUACGACGCGAUUGAACUAGAAUUGGAUUUUCAAGAAAAUAAUAUAAAAGGAGGAGACAAAAUUAUAAAGCCAAAAUAUUAUCAAUUAUUUUAUAAGUCAUCAAUAGAAAAUACAUUUAGAAGCUCUGAAAUUAAAUCAAUAAGCAACACCAAUGACGUUACACUAGAAGUAAUCAGGGACCUAGAACCGGAUACUAAAUACACGGUUGGAGUUUUGUUAAUUGCAGAUGAUGGAAAUUUCAAUGAACAAGAUAUAGUAUAUGGUCAAUAUAAAACUCCGUGUAUGCAACCAAAAAUUACUGAUUAUAACAUAAAAUUAAUCAGCGGAAUUCAAAGCAUCAACAUAACAUGGAGCACGAGCAUCUCAAAUCGGCUAGAAUGCAAUAUUACAAAAUAUGUUUUGACGUUAAUGUCAAAUAAAUCACAAGAUCAAAUAUCUGAUGUACAAGAAAUACUAUCAAGUACAGAUAGUGGUCACGUUUUGGACAAUCUUCUUCCGGCUUUUAAAUAUAGCAUUAAGUUAACUCCUUCGACAAGUAAUGGAACGUUACCAUCUUCGGCUAUAUAUUCAAUCACAACUCUUAUGACAAAAAAUGACGUUCAAAUAAAAAAUAUUUCUUCUAUAUAUGAAAAUGGAAAAAUCAAAGUAAACUGGAUAUUGGUAAAUUCUCAUCAACAUUACACUACAGUCGACGAACCAGUAACAUCGAUCAUCAAAUAUAAAUUGAAAAGAAUUCUCAGCUGUUCCUUAAGAGAAGUAGAGCAAAAUUGGACGUCAAUAACAAUUUUUAAUCGAACCCACUAUGAAAUAAUCGAUACAGUUCCGAAUUCUCAAUAUAGUAUACAAGUUUUGGUUGACGUUAAAGACAAAAAUACUACUAAGCAAGAAAAUAUGUUUGACGUAUUAACACCAGCAUCAAAUCCCAAAACUGAACCAAUCUUAGAUGCCACUCAUCCAAUGUGUAUCACUAAUAACUCUAUAUUUGUUCAGUGGAAAUUAGAUCCCGAAAAUUGUUCAAAACUAAAUGGAUUUUUGUCUCAAUUCUAUAUAGAAUUAAAGGAUAAGGUUGAUGACGUUUUAGAAAUAACAGAAACGAAAAAUUAUUACAUUAGAUUUAACAAGCUAAAAUCAAACACAGCUUAUGAACUGAAAGUAUUUAUAAAAACACACUUUGGUUAUAAUCCAGAUCAUUUUCUACUCAUCAACUUCAAGACUAAAUUUGAAAAUUUAAAACCAGUAGGAGAUUUAGUGGUUUAUAAAAAGAGUCUAAAGAAUCGUAUGGUAGGGUUACGCUGGAGCUAUACACAAGAUUCAAAUGUAGAAGGAUUUAUAGUUUCGUUUAACGAUAAAAACGUAUCCAUCAUAGCACCGCAGAAAUGCUCGGCGUGGCCAGAAUACUAUUGUCAUACAUUUUAUAAUUUGAGUCCAAGCAACAACUACAUAUUUAAAAUAAAGCCAAAGUCUAUUGAUUAUCCAGAAGGUGGUAAAGUUUCGUCUAUUUCUUUUAACAGCAUCGAUGGACUGCCCGAUUCUCCAAUGAAUUUAAAAACGACUGAAAUCGGUAGCACUACAAUUGCUCUCCAGUGGGAUGUUCCAUGGAUAUUCAACGGCGUACUGAAAAUGUUCAUUAUAAACGUGGAAGAAAUUUCAUCAAAUAACAUGGAAACGUGUUGUGUUGGUAUUACGCCAACAGAAAUUCCGGUUAAUGAAGAACUACCUACGUAUAACCAUACGAUAACUGGUCUGCAAUCCGGAUCAACAUAUUCAAUUGGAGUUUUAUCUGUAUCCAAAUCUUUAUGGUACAGUUCACCGUCUAGACUGUCCGUCACAAUUCCAACUAUUUAAAAAAUAAUUUUAGUUUUAUCUGACAUACUAAUGAAUUUACAAUAUAUUUUUCGUAAUUUAUACAAAGUUAAUAAUGUAGUAUAGUAUUAUAGUACUUACAUAUUUUUAGUUAUCAAUUAAAUUAACUAAUUAAUAAUAAAAUAUACCUUGGUAUUACAUCAUUUCACGAGUACUUACCAAAAAAAUAAUUAUCCACAUAUUGAUAAAAGAACUAUCGCCCAGACAGUUAUUUAGUAAAAUUGAUAUUAUAAUAACAUUAUACCUUGAUUUUAUAUUUAUAAUAUAAUGUUAUUGUAUUAAAAAUAAAGAGUUAUAUUACGAGUAUUAUACACAGAAUAAUGUUUCAAUGUUACAGCUUUGUUGAGUGUACAACAUUACCAUGAUAAUGAUCUUAAAAUAUUUUGUUAAUAUUAAAAAAAGCACCUUAAAAUAAUAUUAUUUCAUAACA